UACUCCGUAAUAUUUUACGGAUAAAAAUAAAAAUAAAAAUAAAAAAACACACUGUAAGAACCCACGCAAGGAUGGCCCACCGGCCCACUGACGUGUUUAAGUGAAGUAGCUUUACUAACUAUGCGCCCAUACGAGUCAUGAGACUCAUGACAGUCGCCGCACAACAGCAUGAUAUAUGACCGUUGCAGCAACGUUCCGAAAUUCUAAAUUUUAAAAACCUGUCCCAAUAAGCAUUCCUUUUUACCGUUACCCACACCCACCUCAAAACAAAACCCUUCUCUCCUCUUUCAUCACCACCCAAAUGAAAAUCUCACGCAACACGAACCCUGAAAAUCCAUCUUCCUUCUGAUAUGAUCACCCAAAUCAUAUGAUCCCUCUUCUUCUUCUUCUUCUUCUUCUUCUUUAAGUUCAUAAGGUGUUCGCUCUUUGGUCACAUCGAAGUUUAAAUCAGAUCUUGAUUGAAAACUCGAUUUUGAAACUCAAUUUGGGGUUUAAUUUUUUGUAAUUGUCUUCAUCAUUCAAGUUCAUGGCCACAUUAGCUCCUGGAAUUCUGUUGAAGCUUCUCAAUGGGAUGACUUCUGGGGUUAAGCCGACGAGUGAGCACCGGAGCUCACUUUUGCAGGUGACUGACAUUGUCCCAGCGGAUCUCGACGAGAAGAAUCUCUGGCCAAACCAUGGAUUUUACAUAAAGGUGUCCGAUUCUUCGCACUCUAUCUAUGUGAGUCUACCCUUUGAACAAGAUGAUCUUGUUCUCAGCAAUAAAAUGCAGCUGGGACAGUUCAUCUAUGUCGACAAAUUGGAGCCGGGAUCGCCUGUUCCUGUGGCCAAAGGCGCGAAACCUAUUCCGGGGAGACACCCUUUUGUGGGCACACCGGAACCAAUUAUGGGUUUAAGAGAGAAGGGGGAGAAAAGUGAGCAAAAGGGCAAUUUGAAACAGUCAGCUCCUAGAAGAGGUUCUUGGGGGACAGGGCAGAAUGGGACAGAGGCUAUUUCUUCCCCAUUGACUCUAAAGCCAGUUCCUUUAGAUUUCGAUCAGUGUACACCAAUAAAAGAUCGGUCUUGUUCAGCAAGAAUUGGGUUUAAUCUUCCAAUGUCACCGAUGAUAAGAGGGCGAAUGACGAAAGAGGGAAGCUCGGGUGGCGGCGGUGUUAGGUCUUCAGUGGGUGGUGGCCUUUUGUCCAAAAUGGUGGACUCAAAGGGAGAGAGUCCCUCAUUGGUGAGGAAAAGCUGUGCAACCCCUUUGAUAUCAAAAUUCCCAAGGAGCAAGAGUGUCUGCGAGCGAGAGCCAAGGAUCCCAAGAAGUCCCUUCAACUCAGCUGAAAAGAAAAGUUCUACUCCACCUCCAAGUUUGCGGAAUGCAAGAGUGGUGGCUUCUCCCAAAAUUGGUGGAGGUGGAGGUGGAGGUGGAGGUGCACAGAAUUCAUCGAAUUCAAGGACAACUUUGCAACCACAGGCACAGUCUGGUGAUUCAACCUCCAACAACAACAGUACCAGUGUACCCAUGAAUUUGCCAGGAAAGCUUAGCAUUCUGGGAAAGGAAGCUGUGCAGCAGAGAGAAGCAGCACAAAAGAUUGCUCUUCAAGCACUAAGAGACGCUUCGGCCACCGAAACACUAGUUCGAUCCCUCAAGAUGUUUUCGAAUUUGAGCAAAUCAGCGAAAACAGAUGCUCCAGCAACCUGUUUUGAUCAGUUUCUGGAGUUCCAUAACGAAAUUAUGCAGUCUUUAAAUGAAAUGGUGUCAAUACAAGCGGCAACUGCAGCUAGUGAAAUGGCUCAAACCACAAACACUGAAGUGAAAGAAAAUGUUGGUAAACAGCCAGAUGAUACUCCAAUCUUACAUGAAAUUGUGCACAAUUCCAUGGACCAGUACCGAACCUCAGACUCAAAUUCAUCCAAGAGAAGAAAUGCACUUUACAAAUCAAUUGCAGCCUUUCCUGAAAGAAGUAAUCAAAAGAUUAUUUUGGGGAAGAGUUCAACUUUUAAUCAGAAGUCAUAUUUGGAGAGAAAAGGAGGGUCCACUCCACUCGGCAAACUCCUCCUUGAGCACACAAUUGAGAAUGAUGAGAACAAGAAACCAUCAUCUUGCGGGCUAAGCAAUACAAUCAAAUUGGGAAAGCAGAUAGAAACCGAAGCCGGGAACUGGUUCAUGGACUUUCUUGAGAAAGCUCUGGAAACAGGUCUAAAGAAAUCGAAAGGUGCAGUGGAAGCAGAUGCUCGAAAAGUUCCACAGUCCCUAAUACUGAAGGUUAUUAACUGGGUUGAAGUGGAACAAUGUGAUUCCAGUAAGAGGCCGGUGCAUCCCAGAGCAGCACAGAUGGCCAGAAAGUUAAGGAUCAAGAUGAAGAAUCCUUGAAUGGGUAUCUAAGCAAAGUUCCAUUUUAUCAAAUUUUGUUCGAUAUCUGUUGUGAAAAUGUGUGCCAUGUUGGUUUUUAAAUUGUUUGGAGAUUGAGCUACAUUUGUUAGGUCUGAUAUGCUUGUACAACAUUUAAUCACAUAACAUUCUUCUUCUGGUUUAAGGCUAUAUCAUGUAGUUUAUGUCAGGGUAUGGUAAUUUUAUCACAUUGAAUUCUCCUUCAUUAUUUUAUGGUAGGCACAUCGAAUGUUCAACUCUCAGAACAUUGACAGACAGAAUACUCCAAAUUUUUUCUUGAAAAGAAGAAUCCAAAGCACAUUUUUGUGUAUAUUGCUGGCACACGCCAAGAAAGAUAGCACUUCUUUAUUUUGUAGAACGAGAGUAUGUGAAAGACCACACAAUAUGAAGACAUGGAGUUAGUUAAAGAGCUUCUUAAGAAGACAUGGAGUAUGUUAAAGAGGUUAUGAAGACAUGGAGUUGGUCAAAGAGCUUAUGAAGAGAUGGAGCUUUGACUUGUCAGAAAAUUUGCUUUAUCAUCUGUGUCUUUCAAUUUGGCUUGAUUCUGAUGAUCUUCUUUUAUAAAAUAGUGGAUGGAUGAGGUUGAAAAGUUUUCAACUCAUCAACCUAGUUGAGUUAAUUCAACUUGAUCA